AAUCAGUCCCCGAAGAUGGCGGCGGCGUCGGAGGAGCGGAUGACCGAGGAAGGAGGCGACGGCCACGGCGACGACGGCGCCUCUCCGGCCGUCGGCUCUGCCCCGCGGCUGCCCCCGCCGGCCCCGGCCCCGGCCCCGCCGCCGGGCUCCCAGACGCCCCCCGCCCCGGCGCUGGCUCCCGACCAGCUGCCUCCCCACAACACGCUGGUGGCGCUGCCCAUCGUAGCCAUCGAGAACAUCCUCAGCUUCAUGUCAUACGACGAGAUCAGCCAGCUGCGCCUGGUUUGUAAAAGAAUGGACUUGGUUUGUCAGAGAAUGUUAAAUCAGGGAUUUCUAAAAGUGGAGAGGUACCAUAAUCUAUGUCAGAAACAAGUUAAAGCACAACUCCCGAGGAGAGAGUCAGAAAGGAGAAACCAUUCAUUAGCUCGUCAUGCAGACAUCCUUGCUGCUGUUGAAACAAGACUAUCACUAUUAAAUAUGACUUUCAUGAAGUAUGUGGAUUCUAACCUCUGUUGCUUCAUCCCAGGAAAGGUGAUCGAUGAGAUUUAUUAUGUGUUGAGAUAUGUCAAUUCUACCAAAACCCCUCAGCGAGCUCAUGAAGUACUUCAGGAGUUAAGGGAUAUUUCCUCCAUGGCCAUGGAAUACUUUGAUGAAAAGAUUGUUCCAAUUCUAAAGAGGAAAUUACCAGGAUCAGAUGUAUCUGGAAGACUUAUGGGCUCUCCUCCAGUUCCAGGACCUUCUGCAGCCCUAACAACCAUGCAGCUCUUCUCCAAGCAGAACCCCUCAAGACAGGAGGUCACCAAACUCCAGCAGCAGGUGAAGACAAAUGGUGCCGGGGUGACAGUUCUCAGGCGUGAAAUUUCUGAGCUUCGCACCAAAGUGCAAGAGCAGCAGAAACAGCUUCAGGACCAGGACCAGAAACUGCUAGAGCAGACCCAGAUCAUAGGUGAACAGAACUCACGACUGGCGGAGUUGGAACGCAAGCUCCGAGAAGUGAUGGAAAGUGCUGUGGGCAAUGCCUCUGGGUCUAGGCAGAACGAAGAGUCUCCCCGGAAGAGGAAAAAGGCAGCAGAAGCCAUUGACUCUCUUAGGAAAUCAAAACGUCUCCGGAAUAGGAAGUAAAUUGGAGUGUGGUUCUAGCUCCAGAGGAAGACCUUGGCUUAGUGGCUUAAGCAGUUCUUCAUGUCAAGGCCCUGUGAGCCACACGGUGUCCCUUAGGCUUCUAGGCUCUCAGAACACAACUUAAACUUGAACGUUCAUGGUUGGGACAGUCUUUCUCUGCUUCUCCUGGUGGAACUGAUGCACAGAAUCUUUUUACUUUGCAAAAGAUUUGUAUUAACCAGACUUGCUCUAUCAUGUUUUGAGGAGUUAACUUUUUUCUGUGCAGAUAAUGUUUAAAAGUUUGUUUCUGCAUAUAUGCACAUUACGUAAGGAUCUUAAACGAACCAGUCUCGACAGACUAGAAGUUAAGUUCAAUACAGAAAAUGUCCUGUUCACUUGAAAGAAAAGAUCUACUUUUUAAUGGACAGUAUCUUGUUUUAAAAAAAAAAAAGUUGACUUUUUGUUAUAAGUGACCUUUGUCUGGAAUGUCUGAAAAGUAGUAAAUGCUUUUUGGUAUUGAAGUAAUGGGUAACUAAAAUGGACUUCUAUAGUAUUGGCUGUAGAUGGGCCUCUACAGUAUUGACUAUAUAUUUUUAUAAACUACUGGCAAGGAGACUUACCCAGUUGUUCUAUACAUAUUUCGUUCUUUUUUGGGGCCGUGUCCUACAUUUGCAUGAAUGGAUGCAUGCAUUGCCCAGUCAGCUCAUUUAAAAAGCUCUUGCACUGGU